GCGGCCGAGUUUGGGGUAAAGUUUAAUAAAAAUAAGUGUGUGUUUGCUCAGGAAACUGUCAAGUUUUUGGGUCACAUACUAGAUAGAAAUGGAAUUCGGAUUGAUCCAGACAGGAUUAAAUGUAUAGAGAAUAUGACCAUUCCGGAAGAUAAAAAAGGGUUAGAACGGUUUAUAGGUAUGACUAACUAUGUGUCUCGUUUUAUUCAUAAUUAUGCAGAUAAGGUGGAGCCGUUGAGGGAGCUAUUGAAAAAGGACGUAAGUUUCGAGUGGCAUGAGGCGCACACUCGAGCAUUCGAUGAUCUGAAGCGGCAGCUGGCGCAGGCGCCCACACUGAGGUACUACUCGCCCAACGAGCCGGUGACGGUGUCGGUGGACGCGAGCUCGCGCGGGCUGGGCGCGGUGCUGCUGCAGGCCGGCCGGCCCGUGGCCUACGCCGCGCGCACGCUCACGCCCACCGAGUCCAGGUGGGCUCAGAUAGAGAAGGAGCUCCUCGCCAUCCUGUUUGGCUGCAGGCGACUGAUGUACGUAGCCGACACGUUGUCAAGGGCGACCAGGGAUUUAGGAGGCAAGUGCGAUCAGCGAAUACAAGAACAGGUAAGUUUACACAUAAAUACUCUGGUGACUAAUCUACCAUUUAGUAGCAAUAAAAUGCAAGCGAUUCGAGAGGCUACGAGGAUCGACCAGAGUUUAUGCGAAGUAAUGGACCUUUACAGAAAGGGAUGGCCGCAUACUAAAAGCCAGGUAACCGAGAAAGCUAAGUCGUACUGGGAAGUUAGAGAUGAGAUUCAUGUCGUGGAGGACGUAGUGUUUCGGAACGACUUGGUGAUCAUCCCUAACAGUUUACGGGCCGAAAUGAUCAAUAAGGUACAUGAGGGUCACCUCGGCAUCGAGAAGUGCAAGAGGCGAGCGCGCGACGUGAUGUGGUGGCCGGGCAUGGCGGCCGCAGUGGAGCGCGCGGUGCGCGAGUGCGAGGCGUGCGCUCAGCGCCGCGCCGCGCCGCCGCGCGAGCCGCUCGCGCCGCACGCCGUGCCUGACAGGCCUUGGCAGGUGCUCGCUACUGAUAUUUUUCAGGUAAAGGACAAACACUAUUUGCUAGUGGUUGACUAUUACUCAAAGUAUGUGGAAGUGGCCACUUUAGUAGAUUUGAGAAGUGCGACAGUGAUAGGUAUUUUGAAACCUAUGUUUGCGCGUCAUGGGAUACCGCAAAGAUUAGUAUCAGAUAACGGUUGUCAAUUCGUGUCGCAAGAGUUUAGAGACUUUGCUAAAGAUUGGGAUUUUGAACAGGUCACUAGUUCGCCACAUUAUCCGCGUUCGAACGGUUUUUCGGAACGAAAUGUGCAAACGGUAAAGAAUAUGAUUAUAAAAUCACAAGAGACUAAAACUGAUUUUUACGUGGCACUGUUGAAUUUUCGCAACACACCAAUAUCGGGAGAGAAAUACUCACCUGCUCAGUUAUUGUUCGGUAGAAGAUUAAACACAAAGUUACCAGUAAAAAGUUGCUUAUUAAACCCUAAAACUCCCUUAAAAAAGAAAUAA